UUGAGUGAUUUCGCUCAUUAGAGUGAGUGAGUGAUCGAUGCGCGCCAUUUUUACUUUCUAGAGACGGGACACGUGAAGAUGACUCCCGUACACAGACGACCGUGUGCCAUAAUAUGGCUCCUGUGCAUCGCAUACAUCGCAGCAGAGUCACCAGAACAAAACACAACCACCACGAAAGCCAUAAGAACCACCAUACUACCAUCAAGAACCACCAGAACAGAACUCAAAGUGUCCAGGAGUCUCAACCCGCAUGACACGCAAACAGUCAACGUGAAGACGAGACAGGGUCACAUGACACAACUCAUUGUCAAGAAAAAGGAUAAAUCUACAACAAUUCAUGCGAGCUCCACCCUUGCACCUACGACUGUAUCAUUAAAAACCACAGCUAUUGUCCUAAAUGCUACGAGUGAGGAAAAAAAUCGAACUGAUUCUGACCAAAUCAAAAGAGACCAAAGGAAACUCAAUUUCGUCGGAACACUCAACAGCGAUCUGGCUGGAUACGAUUACUAUUUGAACAGAAAUAAAAACCCUGAAGAACUUGGUAAUGUAAAAGCGGAAUACGGCAACUGGUCACCUGUGUCGGUAUACCCGGAAUCCCACAUCCAAGAAGAUGGCGGGAAACCAGCAACAGAUCCCGAAACGUCCAGCUACUACCCCACCUACGACAAUGAGAAGAGGACUGAAAACAAGAAAGUAUACAUCACCUCCACAAGUUUCCAAGAUUACGGAGCUCCAAUAAAAAACUACAGAUUUGAUCCUCACAACCCUGUCAUCAAAAAUGACAGGAAUCCUGUUUAUAUUGAAGUCGUGAGUACGAAAGUGGCUGACGGUGAAGGGAAAUCGUUUAAAGUUCCUGAUCCAGUCGUGAUCAGUUCUGAACCGAUGUACUUAAAGAAGGCUGUUGAAAAAUAUAAUAAUAAGCGAGGACGUUCAAUCUUAACUUUGGGUGACGAUGGCAUCCCAGAAAUACAAGGUGUCAGAAUGCCUGAUGAUGAAUCUGAUAAAAAGACUUGGCGAAACGCUCGUGUUGUGAAUGGAGAACUAAUGCCUUACCCAGAAGGAUACAAACCCGCCAAAGCGAUUCCUGAAGCAGAUGUCUAUCCUGACGUGGCAGCAACGGAGCCCGAACAAAACUUCGGUCCCUUCACAAAGGAUGAUAACUUCGAACCCAAAGACGGACCUUUUACCAAGUUUGAUAAUAUCAAAUAUGAUUACGACGACAACAUCGGCCCAUACAUGACCAGUGACAACCCAACUUAUGCGUAUAAAAAUAAAAAAGAAAGCCUUCUGAAGUCGAACUAUGGUCCUUUCACCAAAGCUGACAAUUCGAAAGUGGCCAACUCGAAAUUAAUCGAAUACAUUAAACAAAUAAACGAACAAGAACUGAAACGCGACUACUUUAGUGGCCGCAGUUCAAGAGCGCACAAUGGAGACAUGGAAUAUUCCGAAAGCCAUAUUCAAAGACGUAUGCUGCAACAUCCAGGCGAGGUCAACUUUCCCAACUCUGUGAUGUACACGCCUAAGAACGCCAAGCCGGGAUUUGAUGAAAGCGUUCGCAAUCCGGUCUUGCAAUACGCGCACCCUGAACUUGGCAUUCAGCCAGCUAAGACUACUAAUGGAGAAAACGAACGCAAGAUAAAAUAUUACACAACCAACGUGCCAAAGAGCGCACAUCCUUAUCCAAUGGAACCAGUCAACGGUUAUGGACAACAGCGGUCCCAGAGCUCCAACAGAUACUACGAAGAUGAAUACAAAAAGUUUUCUUACUACGAGAACAACCGCCCCAGCUAUCCUUACCAUUACGGCUACAUCAAGCGAGUGCAAGAGCCGUCGCUCUGGAAGAAGUUCACGGAUUCCAUGAAAGACACUAUCAACACUGCGAGUCAGACAAUGCAGCAACUUACUCGGCCUAUCAUUGACCCUAUCGCGAAAGUAACUCAACCCGUCAUUGAUCCAUUAGUUGAAGCUACUCAUAAGAUAUCUCACAAUCUUGGCUUGUAUCCGUCUAAUUCUAUUCAGACUCAAAGAUAUGCCCAGGAUAAGAUGGGAGUUGCUGCGGCGGCGGCGUCCGGCGCGCCUGCAAUGCUGCCCGCCAUCGGUCUGAUGGCUGGAGGAGCCGCUUUAGGCCUGGGCGCCGUCGCUAUGGGCAGACUUUUAGACGUCAACCUAAUGCGUAGCUCAGGGUUAAGUGAGGAGGAAAUCGAAGACGAACUCGAAAAGGAACACAAGCGGUCUUUCGACGUGCCUUACGACAUUGACAGACAAAUCAUCAGCAGUCAGAAAGUGUUCGAUGACAAUUACAAAAUGCCGAGUGAAAAUGUGUAUGUGGUGAUGUCGCCUGAUGGCAGUGGUCGUGGUAAGCGUGAGAUUUCGAGACUGUUGGAGGGUAGUCAAGUAUUGAGGCGAGUGAGGAGAAGGUUGCGUAGAUCGUUGUCUGAAGAUAUGGAUGAUGAUUUGCAGCAUAUAGACGGGCGCCGGCCGAUGCCUUCGUUGACGUCGGCAGCCCUAGACCUGGUGAGGCAGACGGACUGGCGAGACUCGCAGUGCGCCAAGCUGACGUUCUGCAAGGUGCUGACGUCACAGCCGUCGGACUCCAUCUUCGUGAUGGAGAAGAAGAUGGAGGCAUUACUUAAAAUGAUCUCCCGAGGCGGCAGCAGCAGUGCUUCCUCGGUGGCCCACCAGCUCGGAGACGUCAUGGCUGCCAGCCGGGACCACGACUGUGCCCGCUUUCAUUGCGACGCCCACUGACUGCGCCAAUUUUAAAUGCGACGGUCACCGACUGCGCCAAUUCUAAUUGCGAAGUGUGACAACCAUAAUUGUAAAGACUACUGACUGCACCAUUUUAAAAGCGACGGUCACCGACUGUGCCAAUUCUAAUUGCGAAGUGUGACAACCAUAUUAUUGUGAAGACUACUGACUGCACCAAUUUUAAAUGCGACGCUCAUUGACUGCGCCAAUUCUAAUUGCGAAGCGUGACUACGCUUAUACUAUUGUGAAGACUGCAAUAAUUUUAAAUGCGACGGUUACUAUACCGCGCCUAAAUCAUUGCAAAGACUAUUGUUGAGACAAUAUCGUAGCGACAACU